UAAUCAGUAAAAUAAGAAAACAAUGAAAAUAGAAAUUAACAAGGAGUGGAAAUGUAUGGAGAUGAAAACGCAGUUGAGCUUAGCGUUAAUCUGGAAAAGUAGAAGGUGAUUACACUAAACUUGCUUUAAAGGGUUGCUGUUGAUGAAUUGCAUGCAAAGCAUAUUGUUAUUGUUGUUGUUCUUGUUGGGUUAGUGGAUCUGAUCUGAGGGAGCGAUGAUUGUUGAUUCGAUUGAGGAGAAGGAGUGAUUGUUCAGAAUUUGAUUACAGAGAAGAAGAUGAGUUGGGGAAGGGGAAUUUUGGAAGGGGUGACGGUGGUGGGGUGUCUGUGUUCACUGGGUUGGGCGGGUUUGUGGUUCUUGAAUCGUCGCCUCUACAAAGAGUACGAAGAGAAACGCGUUCUUGUUCAAAUCAUCUUCAGCGUGGUCUUUGCCUUCUCCUGCAAUCUCCUUCAGCUCGUCAUCUUCGAAAUCAUUCCCGUUCUCUCCAAAGAGGCAAGAGUGGUGAACUGGAAGAUCGAUUUGUUCUGUUUGAUCCUUUUGCUGGUCUUCCUUCUCCCGUAUUACCACUGUUACUUGAUGCUCAAAAACAGUGGUGUCAGCACCGAGAGGGCUGCUCUUGUUGCAAUUCUAUUCUUGUUCGCUUUUCUUUAUGUGUUCUGGCGCAUGGGUAUUCACUUUCCCAUGCCAUCUCCUGAUAAAGGUUUCUUUACGAUGCCUCAACUGGUGAGUAGAAUUGGGGUCAUCGGAGUUACUGUCAUGGCUGUUCUAUCUGGUUUUGGUGCUGUAAACCUUCCAUACAGCUAUUUGUCACUUUUCAUCAGAGAGAUCGAGGAGACGGAAAUCAAGGCCUUGGAAAGACAGCUGAUGCAAUCAAUCGAGACUUGUGUUUUAAAGAAAAAGAAAAUUAUUCUUUGCCAGAUGGAAAUGGAGCAGAAGCAAGGAUCUGACGAGUUAAAUGCUAGAUCUUUAAUUAAACGAAUUGUUGGUACGGUUGUUCGAAGUGUCCAAGAAGAUCAAAAGGAGCAAGAUAUUAAAGGCUUGGAGGCAGAAGUUCUGGCCUUAGAAGAGCUUUCAAAGCAAUUGUUCUUGGAGAUCUAUGAGCUUCGUCAAGCAAAGGAAGCUGCUGCUUAUUCUCGAACUUGGAGAGGACACAUGCAGAAUCUACUUGGCUAUGCUUGUUCUGCAUAUUGUGUGUAUAAAAUGAUCAAGUCGUUGCAAAGUGUUGUUUUCAAACAGGAUGGUUCAGUUGAUCCGGUGACGAGGAUAAUAAGUAUAUUCCUCCAGUUCUUUGAUAUAGGAAUAAAUGCAGCCAUGUUAUCACAGUACAUCUCCUUGUUAUUCAUUGGAAUGUUGGUUGUGAUAUCAGUCCGUGGAUUCUUAACAAAUCUGAUGAAGUUCUUUUUUGCUGUUUCAAGAGUUGGAAGUGGAUCUUCAAGCAAUGUAGUUCUGUUUUUGUCUGAGAUCAUGGGAAUGUAUUUUGUAUCUUCUAUUCUUUUAAUCAGAAAAAGCUUAGCAACUGAAUACAGGAUUAUUAUAACAGAGGUAUUGGGUGGUGAUAUCCAGUUUGACUUUUAUCACCGAUGGUUUGAUGCAAUUUUUGUGGCAAGUGCAUUCCUUUCACUGCUUUUACUUUCCGCACAUUAUACAUCUCGCCAAAUUGACAAACAUCCAAUUGAUUAGCAGGAAACUCACUCCCUAGAUGCAUGUAUAGUUUCUAAUGCCACGGAAGGUUUGAUGUCAUGCCAAGGAGUUUAAAUCUUCAAGAUGGAUGCAUUUGAAUUUAUUUGAUAGCUGACAGAGGGCAUUCAUUAUUUUUUAUUUGCCAGUGAAUAGCUUAUCAGAAGAUCUGAUGCUGGAGCGAAUCACCAUUGAGAAGAUUGAUAUUGUAUUACUUAUAUUUACAUAUAUGCAUGCCACCAAAUCUUUUAGAAUACCCAUUUUUUGGAUGAUUUUCUAUGGAAAGUGAACAUUUCUGAACAUUGUUGGGCAAUAUGUUCAAUGUACAUUUGCUUACGCUUUGGUAAGUAUAGAAUGAAUUGGAUGUGAAUAGUUUUUGUCCUUGGGAUUUUGGUACCAUGGAUCUAAAGAACAGUUCCAUAAUUUUAUUGAUAAUUACUAAUUUUGGAUUA